AUGGAGAUGGAAAAAUGCUACGAGCACUCUUGCGGCGAGAGAAAAAAGUCAAACAGCCAUGGAAGCAACAUUGUGAAGAAUAAAAAAAUACAGCCACCCGACCGGGAAGAAAUAGGAAGAGCGUCGUGGCUAAUCCUGCAUACCAUGUCGGCCAACUACCCAGUCCAGCCAACGGAGGAAGACAAGAAGAAGCAUUAUAAUUUUUUCAACGCCUUUGCAAAUUUAUAUCCCUGCUAUAUCUGCAAGGUGGACCUCUUGGAGCACCUAAAGAGUUACAAAAUUAAUUGUGAAGGCAGGACCGAGAUGGCAACCUUUAUGUUUAAUCUUCAUAACAGAGUGAAUGAAGACAUCGGGAAGCCUCUCUUUCCCUGUGGGAAUAUUCAAGACAUCAUUGGCAUGUACAGGACGGCCGACUGA